AUGCUACCGACGCCCUACGUGAAAUGCGAUUAUGAGACGGUUUAUGAGCCCUCUGAAGAUAGCUUUCUGCUGCUAGACUGCCUGGAGCAUGAGCAAGAGUACUUAGCGUCGAGAUUCCGAGAUGGGCUGUCGGUUGUAUGUGAACUGGGACCCGGAUCUGGCAUAGUUACUACGUUUAUGAUGCAAAAUGGCAUACCGGCAAGAGGUAGCUCAAUGUACUUCGCUGUCGAUAUCAGUCCUUGGGCUCUUGAAGCUACAGACGACACGGUAAGGCGUAACAAAUGCCACGGAACGUAUCUGGAUGCUGUCCAAUGUGACCUGGCGUCCUGUUUGAAGCCGAGAGAAGUAGACCUGCUAGUGUUCAAUCCUCCCUACGUUCCGGCUGAGCAUGUGCCAGAGAUUCCGAACGCUGCAGAUGACCACUCGACAUGGCUUGAUCUGGCUCUGCUGGGUGGUGAAAAUGGCAUGGUGAUUACCGAAAAGCUGCUUCUGCAGCUUGAGACAGUCCUGUCCAAGAAGGGCGUGGCAUAUAUCUUGUUCUGCGCCAGAAAUCGUCCAGAGGAAGUCGCAAACAGGAUGAAAGCGACAUACAGUUGGGAUGUGGAGCUCAUUAUCCAUAGGAAAGCAGGAUGGGAGGUCCUUAGCGUCUACAGAUUCAGUAGAAAGACCGCCAAUCAUUCUUAA